AUGUGGCCCCUGUGGCUGCCUUGGGCCUGCUGGAGCGUGCGGUUUGGCAGAGUUAUGUCUCAAGGCCCUGCCCGCCGGCCGCGACCGCCUAAGGACCCCCUGCGGCAUUUGCGCACCCGAGAGAAGCGUGGUCCUUCCGGGGAGCGCGCGGGACCCAGCACAGUGUACUUGCAGGUGGUGGCGGCUGGAACGCGAGACGCGGGCUCGGCUCUUUAUGUCUUCUCGGAGUUUAAUCGGUAUCUUUUCAAUUGUGGGGAAGGUGUCCAAAGGAUCAUGCAGGAACAUAAACUGAAGGUUGCUCGCUUGGAUAAUAUCUUCCUAACUCGAAUGCACUGGUCCAAUGUUGGAGGUUUGUCUGGAAUGAUUCUUACUUUAAAGGAAACUGGGCUUCCGAAGUGUGUCCUUUCUGGACCACCGCAGUUGGAAAAAUACCUUGAAGCUAUCAAAGUAUUUUCUGGUCCAUUGAAAGGAAUAAACUUAGCUGUACGACUUCAUUCUGCUCCAGAAUAUAAAGAUGAUACAAUGACAGUUUUUCAGGUGCCUAUACAAAGUAAAAGAGUUUCAUGUGAUUACCAGCUAUCCUCGCAUUCUAGAAAGUCUCCUAACCGCUUUAGUCCAAAUCAGCCUACCAGCUUUGGAUCUUCUAAAAGUGAACAGCAACUUCCAGGUGAUGAUGAUUGGAAGAUGGAAGACAGAGACCCAUCUUUGGUUGUAGCUUUCAUCUGUAAGCUUCACAUGAAACAAGGAAGUUUUUUGGUGCUCAAAGCAAAAGAUUUGGGGCUUCCAGUAGGUACAUCUGCCAUUGCACCUAUAAUUGCUGCUGUCAAGGCUGGGAAAAGUGUCAAUUAUGAAGGAAGAGAGAUUUUGCCAGAGGAGGUUUGUAGUCCACCAGAUCCUGGCUCUGUUUUUAUUGUGGUGGAAUGCCCUGAUCAAGGAUUCAUAGACCCUAUCUGUGAAAAUGACACCUUCCGGAGGUAUCAAGAAGAAGAGUCUGAGACCCAUGUAGCUGUGGUUGUUCACAUGACUCCAGAAUCAGUAUUGCAGGAUAGCAGAUAUCAGCAGUGGAUGGAAAGGUUUGGCCCUCAGACACAGCACCUGAUCUUGAAUGAAAAUUGUACUUCUGUACACAAUCUUCGCAGCCUUAAGAUUCAAACUCAGCUCAACCUUAUUGACUCAGACAUAUUUCCCCAGCUUACCAGCUACAAUUGCAAGGAGGAUCUGGCUAAAUUCUCCUUGCCUGUAAUCCGUGGUGAGUGCCUCUUGAAAUACCAGCUAAGACCCAAACUACAAUGGCAGAGGUAUGCAUUUCUGGAAUCAUUCCAAGCUUUAAUCCGUUCCUCAACCGACGCCUGUGUCAGCCCCUUCGCCUGGGCCCGGGGCUUAUUAAAUAUCCUGUUGCAGAGAAACCAUGCUUUGACAUCAUUGGGAAAACCAUCCAGUCCGUUAUUACUAAUAGCACCUACUCAAGUCAUGACAUGGUUGCAGCAGUAUAAUGAUCAUUGUCAGGAGAUUUUAGGUGCUGUCAAUAUGAUCCCUGCUAAGUGCCUCCAGAAAGAAACUGAAAUCUCCAAACCCAUGAUUGCAAGAUUGGUUACUUCACUGCUAGAAAAAUAUGAUUUGGAAGAGUUUCAGACAUGUUUGGUUCAGCACUGUAAGAAUGCUUUUGGCUGUGCAUUCGUCCACAAAUCAGGCUGGAAAAUAGUCUACUCUGGUGAUACCAUGCCAUGUGAUGCUCUGGUCCAAUUGGGGAAAGGAGCUACUAUGCUUAUUCAUGAAGCUACUUUGGAAGAUGGUUUAGAGGAGGAAGCAAAAGAAAAGACACACAGCACUACGUCUCAGGCAAUUGGAGUUGGGGUAAAGAUGAAUGCCAAGUUUAUCAUGUUGAACCACUUUAGUCAGCGCUAUGCCAAAAUCCCCCUUUUCAGCCCAGACUUCAGUGAGAAAGUUGGAAUUGCAUUUGACCACAUGAAGGUCUGCUUUGGAGACUUCUCAACAGUUCCUAAGCUGAUCUCUCCUCUCAAAGCCCUGUUUGCUGAUGAGAUUGAAGAGAUGGUAGAGAGGAAAGAGAAACGGGAAUUGAGACAGUUCAGAAAAGCUGCUAUUAGUGCAGAUCGCUGUGGACAUGAUGAUGGGCAAGGAUCCAAGCAGACUCAUAAUGGAGAAGAAACUCAGAGGCCACAAAUAAAAAAGCUCAAAGUAAACUGAAGGCAUCUACCAUGGCCCUGGACAGAAGGUUUUAUUUCCUACUCUCGGAGAAGAGACAUUUCUGUUUACUUUCCUUUUCUUCAUGGGGAGUUCAUGAGGGCUGGUUAAGUGCAGUGGUACUCUGGUACUCUUUUGUACUCUAGGGAAAAAAAUCCUGUUAACUUUACCAGAGCUACUGGAAAGUUAAAGAGACUUUGAAGUAGAAUGUAAUCUCUUGGAAUAUGGUUUUUGUUUUGGUGUCCUAUUGUUAGCAUAAUGCCUUGCAAAUGAUAGUUAGGCUAUAAAUAUAUGUGGAUUUUAAUUUAAAGAAUUAAUAAGUUGAAAUAUAUACAAUUGAAGCACGAGUAGGUUUUUCUAAAAAUUGUCAGAGAUUUUUUUUUAAAGAAAAACUUGUUUUUGAAAAUAUUUUGAAAAAAUCACCAGGUGGUAGAACAAUAAAAAUGAUACCCCGCUCAGGUAGAACUAGUUUCUUCUCUCAAUAAUGCAAGGAGAGAGAAUCAGGGGGUCAUAAAUUUAAGUGUUAAAAAGGUUUUUAGCAGAUAUCUAACUAAUCUGACCAGUAAUCCUGUGUCUCUCAAUGAGGACAAUGCAUUACUUAAUUAGACAUCACAUUCCCCUUUUGAAUAGCUCCAAUUGUUAUGAACUUUUUCCUGAUAUCAAGCUUAUAUUUGCUUCUUUCAGUUUUUCCCAUUACUCCUGGUUUUUCCCUCUAGGGCCAAGCACACACUGAAGACCUGCCAAGUCAUCCAUGAACUAAUAAUGCUUGAAGUCCAGACAUUCAAACGAUUCUGAAUUAUUAUUAUAUAAUAUAGAUCUAUC